AAGCAGUGUGAGGAAGUUGGGUUUAUAUUGGAAUGAGACAGACGUCGCUUUGUUCAGUGGGAGCGAGGGAAGACAACCGCUUUAGAACUGAUCCUCACACAGUGUGGCGAAGCGCUCUGUCCCGGCUGCUCUUCGUGCUUCCGCUUCGAUAUUUAUCUCCCACAACGUCGCUCUCCCUGGACUGAGAGGAUUUCCAUCGAGGGAUGUCAAAGCGAGUGCGAAGCCGAGAGGUCUGCGCUGAUUGCAGCGCCCCGGAGCCGCGCUGGGCGUCUGUAAACAGGGGAGUGUUGAUCUGCGACGAAUGCUGCAGCAUCCAUCGAGGUCUGGGGCGACACAGCUCUCAAGUCCGACAUCUGACUCAUUCUGCUUGGCCACCCUCUCAGCUGCAGAUGGUACAGACAUUGUAUGGCAAUGGUGCAAACUCUAUUUGGGAGCAUAGCCUUCUGGACCCUUCCUCUUCAGUCAGUGGGAAACGCAAAGCUAACCCCCAGGACAGAGUUCAUCCUAACAAGACAGAGUUCAUCAAGACAAAAUAUCAGAUGCUAGCGUAUGUGCAUCGGAUGCCAUGCCGGGAUGAUGACAGUGCGACAGCGAAAGAUCUCAGCAAGCAACUCCACUCGAGUGUACGAACAGGGAACCUGGAGACCUGCCUCAGGCUCUUAUCAUUAGGAUCACAGGCCAACUUUUUCCAUCCUGAAAAAGGAAACACCCCGCUUCACAUAGCAGCUAAAGCAGGUCAGAUUCUGCAAGCAGAACUGCUGGCGGUUUAUGGAGCUGAUCCAGGAGCUCUGGAUUCCAGUGGAAAAACACCCAUUGAUUAUGCAAGAGAAGCCGGGCAUCAGGAGCUGGCGGAGAGGCUUGUGGAAAUACAGUAUGAACUCACAGACCGCUUAACGUUUUACCUUUGUGGGAGACGACCAGAUCAUAGAAGUGGACAGCACUUCAUCAUACCUCAAAUGGCAGACAGAAAUAACAGUCUGGAUUUGUCAGAGUUUGCAAAAGCGGCCAAGAAGAAACUGCAAUCGUUAAAUAACCACCAGUUUGAAGAACUGGCAAUGGAUGUUUACGAUGAAGUGGACAGAAGGGAAACAGAUGCAGUCUGGUUGGCUACUCAGAAUCACAGCACACUUGUAACAGACACCACUGUUGUGCCUUUUCUGCCUGUAAAUCCUGAGUACUCAUCAACUAGAAACCAGGGUCGUCAGAAAUUGGCACGAUUUAGUGCUCAUGAAUUUGCCACCCUGGUCAUCGAUAUUCUCACAGAUGCUAAACGACGGCAGUGGGGUAAUAUCUGUGAAAGUCCUAAAGAAAAUGUGGAGCUGAUUUUGCAGGGAAUCGGUAGUCGCCAUAACAGUGAGAGCCAAGAUAAUGACCAGCCAGAUUACGACAGCGUGGCUUCGGAUGAAGACCCGGUGCUGGAAGCAAGGUGUGGGGACAGCUGCAAUGAUGGACGGGCCAAGAGCUCUGAGUCUUCUGACUUGUCUGAUGGACCUAUAACAGUGCAGGAAUUUAUGGAGGUGAAGAGUGCCCUGACUGCAUCAGAAGCCAAAAUACAGCAGCUGCUUAAAGUCAAUUGCCAUUUGAGUGAGGAGCUGCGAGUGAUGCAGAAUAAGCUGAGCUCCCUGCAGACUGAAAACACAACUCUGCGUUGGCAAGCCCCCAGCGGACAGCAGCACCCCCACGGACCCUUGGGUCGUCACUCGGCCCGCGGAGGUCGAGCCAUGUCCAUGUACGAGACGGGCUCAUCUCCGAGGCAGUACUCCCAUAGAGCGGAACCAUCCCGGCCUGACAAUGGGGUCGUCCUACAACCCUUUCCUUCCAAUAUUGGUAGGGGUCCUUUGGGGACAGCUGCCUCCUCCCUCCCUACCUUCCCCUCUCCCCUGUCGUGGCCGAGGGAUGAGAGAUCUCGACGGGGCUGCAGCCUGGGAGGACAGAGCACCAUGGUGGAGAAUGACUAUGACAGGAAACCCAACCACCGUGACCUGGAGGCGGGCCCACUUGGAGCUUUUGAAGCAGGAGACCCAGAGGAGGAAGGUGAAGAGGAUGCCACCCUGCCUUGCACUGAAGAUGUCAUCUGUAAGACGGAGCAGAUCACAAAGAAUAUUCAGGAGCUUCUGAGAGCUGCCCAGGAAACCAAACAGGAAAGCUUUCUACCUUGCUCUGAAAAGAUCUGCAUGGCUGUGACAGAGAUGGCCACCUUGUUUCCAAAAAGGCCAUCCCUGGAGACGGUGCGCAGCUCUCUUUCUUUGCUGACCUCCAGUGCCAGCCGGCUCCAUGCUGAGUGCCAGAAGGCUGCCGAGCACAGCCCUUGCCCGUCCGACAUCCAGCUCGUCACUCAGCAGGUCAUCCAGUGCGCCUAUGAUAUUGCCAAAGCAGCCAAGCAGCUUGUUACCGUGACAACCAAAGAGAACACCAACUAACUAGAGCCUAUACAUUACUGAUGCAUUGAUCAGUUUUUUUUUUUAUUUGUAUUCCUCACAGAUGUUUUUAUAUUAAUCAGUGUUUGUCUUCUGAUAGGAAUCAGUGGAAGUAAGCACAUCCAUUGCUCGAUGUGUUCAUGUCUUAAAAUAAGAUGCCAUGCAAAACUCUCGAUCAUUGAAAAGCUUGUUUGUUUUUGUGUUCAUUGAUCAGAGAAAACCUGUUACUAUGUCUUACCUCACAAAUGUAAACCACUCAACUUCCAAGUGCAAUGUUUUAUGUGUGUGUGCACAUGUGUAUGUGUGGGCUUAUUUUUUUUCCAUGUAGAAUGGUAAUACACACAUAAGUUGUGCUUUUAGUGGCCUGAUUUCUUUCCAACCCAAUAAUCUGAAUACUUCUCGCUUUGAGUCCAUGUUUGUUUAAUCAACUGUGAUUCUACAAACAUCCAGCAAAUGUGUUCCUCUCCAAGUGAAAGAGGUAUUACCUGGCAAAAUAUCAGUAGUUGCAGGAUUUCAAAUAUUACAGCCAUACUGCGAUGUUGUCUGUGUCUCCAUGAGGUAAAAAAAAGUUGCGUGUAUGAAGUCCACUCUGAAUCUAUUUUAUAGCAUUAUGCAAGUAUAUAAGAUGUAUGUAUCCAUGCAAUUCUUUAUCGGAGUAAUUCAAAUGAUAGUCUAUUUAUAAACUGUAUGUCAUACCUCUAAGGAAAUAUCAGUGUUUAUUUUCAUAAGCUUUUGGGAUGUCUCAGCUCACAGUAAACCUAGACAAUUUUUGAUGUGUGUGUUUGUAAGGUGUGCUGCUGUAUUUCAGUGUUUUAACAGGCUUUGUGUGGUCAGAUGUGUGUUCUGCUUUGGUUUACAGCCAGCGAUAAAGGUAACCGUGCCGUCAGUGUACCUGUUGUAGAUCAUUGCUGUGAGCCGAAGGAGUUUGAACCAGAGGUGAAAAAGGUGAUUUGAAAGCAUGCCUCUUUUUUUUUUUUUUAUGCUUUUUUAUUACUCAGGUUGUAUUAAGAUUUGGUGGAAUGCAUUUACACAAAAAUGUAUUUUUAGUAGACUAACACCCCGAUUGACAUGAAAAAGCUCAAACAAAUCUGUUUUAUUAUUAAUAUGCAGUCUAAACUCUUAAGCAGGGUCUUCAUAAGGAAAGUGUUAAUAAUGUAUUAGAAAAUGCAGUUUAACACUAAGGAAAGAUGGUCACAUAUUUUUUUUUGUUUGUUUCUGGUGCUCACAUUCACCCUCCUAACUUUGACAAUAUUUUCCUGUAUUAAACUGAUCUGAUCCAAGCAAAA